AUGACGAAUGGUUCCAAGCUAUCAUCACUUCUCGAGGCUCCCGUCCUACUAGACGGCGCACUAGCCACUUAUCUGGAAACACUGGGCGCAGACAUUUCAGGCGCCUUGUGGUCGGCAGAGAUGCUCCUCCAAAACCCAGCCCUGAUCAAGCAAACACACUUGGAUUAUUACCGCGCCGGCGCCCAAGUCGCCAUCACAGCAUCCUACCAGGCCUCACUUGCGGGACUCGGCAAACACCUCAGCCUUGAUGACGAGCAGGGCAAAGCAGUUGUGAGAAAGAGCGUGGAACUAGCUCAAGAGGCACGGGAUGAGUGGAUCCAGGAGCAUGUCAAGGGUUUGAGUGAGGGGGAGAAGCUGGGUAUCUUGGAGAGAAGCAGCAUUGCGGACUACCGCCAAUCGAUUAGAAACCGCCUCUUCGUCGCUGGUAGCGUGGGGCCGUAUGGCGCUUUCCUUGCAGACGGGAGCGAGUACCGCGGCGACUACCAUCUCAGCAAGGAAGAGAUGAAAGCGUUCCACCGAGGGAGGAUACAGGCGCUGGUGGAGGCCUGUGUGGAUGUGCUCGCGUGCGAAACCAUUCCUUCCCUGCGCGAGACUGAAGCGUUGUUGGAGUUGCUGAGCGAGGAGUUCAAGGGCACAGAAGCCUGGUUCGCCUUCACGCUGAGAGACGCAGAGCACAUCAGCGACGGCACGCCCCUGACGCAGAUGGCCGCGCUGUUCGAAAGCGCAGCACAGGUCAUAGCCAUCGGCUUCAACUGCGUGCCAGACGACGUUGGGCUCGAGGCGCUCAAGGUGCUCAGGCCGCUGCAGCGAGGGCGCAAGUGGAAGAUGAUGGUGUAUCCCAACUCGGGCGAGCAGUGGAACGCCGCGGCCAGGGAGUGGGAAGGGCUGAGGACUGAGGGAGGGCAGCUGGCGGCCAAGACGGAGCAAUGGGCUGCUGCUGGCGCCGUGCUUGUCGGAGGGUGUUGUAGGACUACGCCGACGGAUAUCACGGUCAUGAGAGAUGUGCUGCAGCCCAAGAAGGAGGGGGAGGGUGUGCGAGAAAGUUAUCAAAGCUAA